AUGACGGACGCUCCGAGGACACGCGUCCUAACAAAAGAAGAGAUGGAGCGAAGUGCAGUCCGUCUUAGCACAAGUCGUCGUCCAGAAGUGAAACUUCCUCCGUUGGUGCAGCAAAAGACACGUACCAAGGAGGAGGUGGAGCACAGCAUUAAGCACCUAUACGACGAUUCUCUUGCCCAUCGACAACAACGUCUGCGCGAGAUUGAAGAGAGCGUCAAUGCGGAAAUAAGUAAGUUUCACGCUAGUAAGAAGAAACUGGAUGACGGUGAGAAGGAAUCGUUGGUGCAUCGUCUGUACGACGAGUCUGUUCAGCGGAAACAACAGAAUUUACAGGGGCUGUAUGAACGUGAGUUGUCACAUCUGGCUAGUACGCGCAGGACACUUGGAAAGAAGGAGCAGGCGACAGUUGUGGCACGCCUCUACAAUGAGGGUAUGGAAAAUAAUCGCAAGAAACACAUUGCGUUAUUUGAACGCUUUGUACUAGACCGACAACCGAAGACAGUGUACCGUAGCGAGGAGGAGGUGCUGGCGGCAUGUGAGAAACUUUCUAAGGGCGAGGGUGUCAUGUCCGCAUGA